AUGCAGACCAUUAAAUGUGUAGUAGUGGGUGAUGGAGCUGUGGGUAAAACCUGCCUGCUCAUCAGUUAUACAACAAACAAGUUCCCAUCGGAAUACGUACCCACUGUCUUCGAUAACUAUGCCGUCACAGUAAUGAUUGGUGGAGAACCGUACACUCUUGGUCUCUUUGAUACUGCUGGUCAGGAAGAUUAUGAUAGAUUGAGACCAUUGAGUUACCCGCAAACUGAUGUUUUUCUUGUUUGCUUCAGUGUUGUGAGUCCCAGCUCUUUUGAGAAUGUUAAAGAAAAGUGGGUUCCGGAGAUAACUCACCAUCAACAGAAGACACCGUUCCUUUUGGUGGGUACGCAAAUAGAUUUAAGAGAUGAUCCCGGCACUAUGGAGAAAUUGGCGAAGAUAAAGCAAAAGCCUGUGUCCCUGGAACAAGGAGAAAAGCUCGCAAAAGAAUUGAAAGCUGUGAAGUAUGUGGAAUGCUCUGCUCUUACUCAGAAAGGGCUCAAAAACGUCUUCGAUGAAGCGAUUUUAGCUGCUCUGGAGCCACCAGAGCCCGUGAAGAGAAGGAAAUGUGUCAUGCUGUAA